AUGUCGCCACACGCCGUGUUAUCAGGCACUACCAGCGAUGGCAAGCCUUCAAUAGACCUGAGCAAGUUUGCCGUCACUCAAAAUGCCUUCCUACCGGCCACCAGUCCACCGACUUGUCUCUCCGAUUCAUACUACGAGCCCUGGGAACUCAUUGCACAGCAUCUUCCAGCCUUGAUUGAGAGUAACCGUAUUAGAGACUCCGUCAAUCAACUUCCAGUACUUUCAACAGAUCAGCUUGUCUCCGAGCAGGAAUGGAGGAGAGCAUACGUCGUGUUGGCUUUUAUGGCACACGCAUAUAUUUGGGGCGGUGACAAACCAGAGCAAAUCCUGCCACCACAGAUCACAGUGCCCUUCCUGCGAGUAUCGAGUCACCUUGAAGUACCUCCUGUCUUGACGUACGCAGGUGCCAACCUGUGGAAUUUCUCCUGCUCCGGAACCGACUUUACCAACUUGGACAACUUGACGCUGCCCAUUUCAUUUACUGGGAGCGAAUCCGAAUCAUGGUUUUUACUCAUCAGCGUCGCCAUGGAAGCCAAGGCCGCGGGAAUUCUACAAACGAUGAUGGCUGCUCUGGAGGCUGUCAAGACCCGGGACUACGACGUCAUCACAUCUGCCCUUGGUGAACUGCGCCGUUGUAUUGAGGGUGUCGGUGCCCUCCUAGAACGAAUGUACGAAAAGUGCGACCCCAUGGUCUUUUAUCACAAGAUCCGACCCUUCUUGGCCGGAAGCAUGAACAUGGAAGAAUCUGGCCUCCCCAAGGGCGUCUUUUACGACGAAGGAGACGGAAAGGGAGAGUGGCGACAGUACCGCGGUGGAAGUAAUGGGCAGAGUUCCCUGAUCCAGUUCUUUGAUGUGGUGCUGGGUGUUGAGCACCACACCCACGGCAAGCCCGGACAGAAGAGCUUUCACACAGAAGUGAGGGAGUACAUGCCCGGACCUCAUAAGCGCUUCCUGGUGCAUGUCGCAAGGAUGGGGAGCAUCCGCGAGCUGGCUCUCGUGGAGCCCGCCGGGGUAGAGCAACAGAGACUUCGGGAGGCAUACACCGCUGCCACAGAUGCGUUGAGCGAGUUUCGAAACAAGCACAUUAAAAUUGUGACGAGAUAUAUAAUCUUGCCGUCGAAACAGCCCUGGACGGGAGGAUCGCGGACCAACUUGGCGAGUUCAUCAUCAUCACGGAAGGGUGAACAGGGUCUUAUGGGAACUGGUGGUACGCAAUUAAUCCCCUUUUUGAGGACGUCGAGAGAUGAGACGAAAGAGGCGGGGAGGUUGGCAAGGGAGUAA